AUGCAGCAAAACAGAGCGCCCCAAACACAUUAUAUUAAGGAGGAAAAAAAACAGGACCAAUUAGGUGAGCAAAACCCUAAUUAUAAACAAUCGAGAGUUAAACAAAAAAACAACCAUGGUAGAAUCAGUACGGGGACAAAGAAGGAGAAGAAGGAUUUUAGGGAUAGAUACCCUGGAUUCGCGGACUUGUUUGAGGAAUCUCUUGACCAGCUCGAUGGUAUUGGGGCGAAUCUCCUCGCCGGGUCGGCAGAAAUAGGAUUCAGGGACGUCAUAAUCGUUCUUUUCGAACCGAAACUGGCGCUUGUAGCGUACAAACAAUCCCCACCUGUCAUCGUCGAGAGUCGGGUCUAUCACCAUCAGGACAAUCUUAAUAUUGAGCGUUUAACAGAGAAGAUAAAUGAAAAGGGAAGGAAAAAAGAGGAGUUGAAUACUUACGGUCCGUUUGCUGAGACACCACCAUCUCUAGCAACUUCUUCAGCCUAA